CUGUUCUCUCUCGGUAACUUGAAACGAUUGUCGCCGCCAUAACUUUGGCCAAACGUCUAAGGAACCAGUGAGCCUGCUACAUGUUGCCUGACGGAACAUAACUGGAGACAGACAGUUUGAAACUACAAUAAUGCGUCGAGCUGCUCGGAGCAGACUGUCUCCGUGGAUAGAGCGCCUCAUCCUGAGCCAUGGCGGUCCGGGGGGGAGCAGCAGCGGGCGGCUGAAGGCUCAUGUCAUCGGGGUGGGUCAGAUGUCUCAGUCCCAGGCUCAGGGCUCUGAGGGCCCCACAGGGCUGCUCUUUCUAUCCGACGGGGUGCUCCAGAUCCCUGCCAUCCUCACGGCGUCCGCCUGGGAACAUCUCCAGGACCAUGAGGACCGCGAGUGUUUCACCAGCCUGGUCAACAGCACGGUGUGCAUCCAGGACUACCGGCUGCAGUUUCACAUGGCCCUGGAACAGACUAAAUGCAGGUUCUACUUAUCAGUUGGAGAGCUGGCUACAACCGCAGCUGGUCCACUUAAAGACAACACCCCCUGCAGCACAACACAGGCCUCCAUCAGGCUGAAGAUCUGCAAGACAUGGAGGGCCCUGCUGGGUCAGGAGACACAGGACUCUCAGAAGAGCCUGUGUGGUUUUGAUCUGUCCGAGCUGCUGGGGGAGUGGCAGCAUGACUGUCUGCAGGCGGUGCUGGAGGACGUCCAGGAGAGGCUGGGGGUGAGCCAGCAGCCCUCCACCUCCACGCUUAUCCACCCGGACAUGUCCACUGCCACGAGCUGGGGUGUUGACAGGGUCAGAUAUAAGGGACUCAAAUGUUUCAAAGUCCCCAUAAAGUGUCUCCUCAUCCCGGAGGAAGACGCUCAGCAGCUGCAAACGCCACCGAAUGUUGAAAGCAGGACAACAAGUGGACAUUCUGCUGUCUCUGAGGACAGAAAGAGAGAUUCACUUCAAAUUGGCAAACCUACAGAGACCAUGCAGCUUUCUGUUGAUGAUGGAGAGUGGCGAAUAGCCAAGCCAGCAUUUGUAGACAGAGAUCCAGACGCCAAUGAGAAUUCCCCUCCUGAGGAGGACAGCAUCAUGCUACAUGAGGACAUGAUCCCAGUCAUUAUUGAUAGUGACACCAAGACUUUAUCCAACCCAUGGGACAUUUUUCCUCCCCCAUUUGACACCUUAUCAUCCUCUGAUGCCUCCCCAGAAGCAACACCAACCCAGUCACUGCACAAUCCCACUGCUACCGCAUUCAAGUCUGCUCAUUCUGUGAUCCCAACCAGCACGCAACUUCCUGUCCACAGCUCGAAAGAAGACAUCUGGCAGACAUCAGAGUCCAGCAAAGGGCAGCACAGCUCCCUCCCGCCGUACCAGAAGCUGCCUCACUCAGCAAGCGUCCCCACCACUGCUGCUUCUGUAACCUCACCUUCUGCCAGUCCGACAGAGCCCUUCCUCAGACCGUCAACCCUGUGGCCCUCCACAGGCGAGCCCCACACCGGCACAGCACAGCAGCGUCUUCCAGCUGGGGACCAAGAAGGCCAGACUCUGGGAAAAGACCCUGAGGUGACUGUUAAGGGAAAAUAUAGGAAGGCAAAGAGAAAGAGUAGUGAGCCCACAGUGGAGGAGGAGAUCAGUGGAAGCCCUCCGUCUUGGCUCUUUGACACUCAGGCAGACUCCGGGGCCAAAGAGGGCAGCAGUCACCAACAGGGUCUAAGUGUCGGGGCUGUCUUCAGAAGGAGGGCCACUGUUCACAGCGACGGCAGGCUGUUCACUUACUCUUACCAAGUGUCAGGAGCCAAUCUGCAGGAUUUCAGUCAGUUCACAGUCGCAGAGUCCUUGCUGCACUGGGCCGUGAAAUAUCUCGUUCCAAAGACAACAGACACGCCAGGAACCUCCAAUCAGACCACGGUCACUCCACUUUAGGGUCCAUGUGUUGAUAGGCCAGAGAUCUUCAACAGGGGGUCUGUGAUCCCUGGGGGUCCUCAGACUUGUUUUUUUGCUGUUGUUAAAAUAAGAAUAUGUCUGAAAAUAGACAUGAACAUGAAUCCAACAUAUUAUUAGCAAAGAUCGUCUUAUUUUAAGAAAAGAAUUCAUUCAAAUUUCAUUUAAAAAACAAGCAAAACAAAAACAUUUAAUUCACACAACGUUGAUGAUAUGCUUACUAAGUAAGGGGGCCAUCCGCAGAUCCAGUUAAGUUAAGGACACUGUGCCUUCCACAUGCAUUGACGUGUUUAACAUUAAAACAUGAUGUUUGCAAAUUGAUCCAUUCAUUUUCAUCCAUCUGGCCCAGUGUAAUUUGCAACUA